AGCUGUCCUAACAAUGCCCAAAAUUCAUCCAAAGAACUCCAUGUCAAUGCUUCAGUGAUGCUGGCCAAAUUAAAAGAAAACCUGUGUGGAGAGGAAGAGAGCAGAAAAGCAGAACAUGCCCCAUGUGAGUACUGCCCAUUCAGCUGGGUUCUGCAUGAGAGGAAAUGCUACUACUUUUCUGAGAAGAAGAAAACCUGGAGUGAUAGUGAGAGGUACUGCAGCUCCCAGACAGCUAGUCUGUCUGUGAUUGACAGCGAAGAGGAGAAGAACUUUAUAACAACCAUGCUGACGAAAGUACGUGGCUACAGCUGGCUUGGACUCACAAAGGAGAACAAAAGAUGGAUGUGGGUGACUGGAGAUGUAUUACUGCCAGAAAUGUUUCAUAUGAAAGAAGGCAGCAGCAGCAACUCCACCUGUGCAGUUUUCCAUGUGACUAGUAUUCAGGCUGAGAUGUGCUUCAAUCCCAACAAAUGGGUCUGUGAGAAAAACACCAUGGAAUUUCCAACCCUAUUUGAACACUUGCAGGACUGA